GUCCCGCGCUUCGCCGGGGAUGGCCGCGGCCUUGCCCAGGACGCUGGGGGAGCUGCAGCUCUACCGCAUACUGCAGAGGGCCAACCUGCUCUCGUACUUCGACGCCUUCAUCCAGCAAGGCGGGGAUGACGUGCAGCAGCUGUGCGAGGCCGGGGAGGAGGAGUUCCUGGAGAUCAUGGCGCUCGUGGGCAUGGCCAGCAAGCCGCUGCACGUCAGGAGGCUGCAGAAGGCCCUGCGGGACUGGGUCACCAACCCCGGCCUCUUCAACCAGCCGCUGACGUCGCUGCCCGUGAGCAGCAUCCCCGUGUACAAGGUGCCCGACGGCUCCGCGGCGUGGCUCGGGGUGCCCUGCGGCGGCCUCGACAGGGCCAGCGGCGCGCGCGAGCCCCACGCGCAGGCGCCCAAGUGCGCCGCGGCCACGUGCGUGCAGGGCGCGGGCCCCGGGCGGCCGGCGGCGCCGGGCGGCCUCGUGCUGCCGGCCGUGGGCGAGCCGCGGCUGUGGACGGGCCCGCGCGGCCCCGACAGCGAGCCCAGCCUGUCCCCCGGCGACCUGGGCUCCCCCGCGUCCCCGAGGGAGGGCGGCGAGGCGCUGGACGCGGCCGCCGCGCUCUCUGUGGCCGAGUGCGUGGAGCGCCUGGCCGCCACGCUGCCCCGCAGCGACCUGGGCGAGGUGCGGGAGCUGCUCCGGAGCAACAAGAAGCUGGCCAAGAUGGUCGGCCACAUCUUCGACAUGAGCGCCGACGACCCGCACAAGGAGGAGGAGAUCCGCAAGUACAGCGCCAUCUACGGCCGCUUCGACUCCAAGAGGAAGGACGGGAAGCACCUGACGCUGCACGAGCUCACUGUUAAUGAAGCGGCUGCUCAGCUCUGUGUGAAGGAUAAUGCCCUGCUGACAAGAAGAGAUGAACUGUUUGCCCUGGCGAGGCAGAUUUCUCGAGAAGUCACCUACAAAUAUACCUACAGAACCACCAAGUCAAAAUGUGGAGAAAGAGAUGAAUUGUCCCCAAAAAGAAUUAAAGUGGAGGAUGGAUUUCCAGAUUUCCAGGACUCUAUGCAAACACUCUUCCAGCAAGCUAAAGCUAAGAGUGAAGAACUCGCUGCUCUUGGUUCACAGCAGCCUGAAAAGGUGAUGGCAAAGCAGAUGGAGUUCCUUUGCACCCCAGCUGGCUAUGAGAGACUGCAGCAUGCUGAGAGAAGACUCUCUGCAGGACUUUACAGGCAAACCUCAGAAGAGCACAGCCCUAAUGGUGUGACUUCUGAUAAUUCUGAUGGACAAGGAGAAAGACCUUUGAAUCUCCGAAUGCCUAAUUUACAGAACAGACAACCGCAUCAUUUUGUGGUGGAUGGAGAGCUGAGUAGACUUUACUCCAGUGAGGCAAAGUCCCAGUCAGAGAAUCUUGGGAUUUUAAAAGACUACCCUCACUCAGCUUUUACUUUAGAAAAGAAAGUCAUCAAAACAGAGCCUGAAGAUUCAAGAUAGCUGUGAUUCUCCCACUAUUCUCUGGAAAUGGCAUUCGAUUUAAGGAUAAUGCUCCAUCAUAGAAAUAAGCCUUAAUAACCAACGUUGCCUCAUUCAGCUCAAACAGAUUCAUAGCCAAAGCAUAAGGACUGAUACGGUAGUCUGCGGAAACCAGGAAGACAAAACAACAGCCACAAAAGAGAAAAUUGAGAGAAUGUUGCAGUCUGUAACAGAAAUAUUGAUCCAUUCACAUUCCUGUGUAAGUCAUUUUAUGUAGAAAAGCUUACAAAUUAAUAUUGUAAGCAUUCAUUAUUUAAGAAUGUACAAUGUAUUUGUCUAAUUUAUAGAAGUAAAAUCUAGAUGUGGAGGCCUUUUGGUCCAAUAAAUGUGGAAACAGUUUAUUUUACUUGAAAUUUCACUGUCUACUUUUAAGUGUGUUUAGCAUAAAAUUAUAUGUUAGUUUAGAAUCUUUGCAGUCAUAAAGAAAGUUUAAGUGAUGUAGUUAUUGGCAGGGUUGCAGUGACUUUGGAAAAAUGGAAAGCAAAUGCUCAACUUAAACCAAGGAAAAUAUUGUGGAUUUAAUAUUUGAUAAAACUGAUUUUGUUUAACGGGAAAUGUGUCAUUUUUAGUCGUAAAAUGUCACUUUUGCUGGCUUAGUCAGGCACAUUUAUGCAAUUAAUAAAUACUAAAGUAAAGUUAAAAAGAUGAGCAAUAGAGUAGAAAUCUCUUACUUAGUUGACUCAGAAUGCUUAUAUCAUUAUAUCAUAAAAAUAGGAAGCUACUACUUGGACAGAGAACUUGAAACAACUGAACUGAUGUGCAAAAGCCGUGACUUAAAUAUUGCUAUUUAAGAAGGUGUUGAAUGGAUUAAGACAUAUGUAAGUUAACCCCAAAUGUGAAAAGGAUGGUGACUGUUAAAAAGGCUCUAAUAAUAUAAUAGAGUGAGAACCAUUUUAUAGGUUGAAAUUCUUCUUUAUGUCCUGGAUGGAAUCAGAGAAAGUCGGGGCUCGCCCAGACCAUACAGGUGUGGACAAUCACUACCCCACAUUUGCAGGCAUAAUUCUGAGGAGGUUUAGUUGACACCUGGAUUCGUUAUUUAUUUCACAACCUUGUAUGCCUUUCAUAUAUGUGUAUGCAGUUUUUUCUUAAGAUCCAUUUUAGCUUGAAAGUAUGUUUUCAUCCCUUCCCCCUAUUUAAUUAAUAGGCUGUGUGCAUAUUUGGGGGUGUGUGUGUGACUAAAUGUUAAUAAUGUCCUUGCAUACUUAUGAGAAUUACACAUUGGAAUCCAUGGUUUAAAAAAAAAAUACUAUUUCUGCCAAUUUACAUUUUUUCUUUUGGUUUAAGAGAAGAUAUUUGACAGCUUACCUACUUCCUCCAGAUUCAUCUAAACCCAGGUAUUGCUGAGAACAGCAUACUGAACUGGAAUAUGUGGUUUUUUGGUUUUUAGUUCUGCUCUAGGUCAUAACUGCGUAAAAAAAAAUAUUAAGUCAUAAUUUGUUAUACUAAAAUUCAUCAGCCACAUGUUAGAUGAAAUGUCUGGACUGUAGUCUCUGAUCACUGUCACAUAUAUAAUUGCUUUUUCAUUUUGAUUUGUAGACUAGCUUUAUGGUAGAAACACCAGUAAACAACUUUUAUACUAUUGAAAGGCUCUUUUUCCUACCUAAAUGUUUUAAUUGUACCAUAGUGUUUUGCCCACUGAAGAAGCUUUUUAUGGACCUUGCAACUUUGUUGCUAGCUUGAGGUUGAUUAUUGUGGUUGUAUUGUUCACUGUGUGUAGAAAUAGUAUGAGUACAAUUUAAAUAGAUUGUUCAGUUUUUAAUAUUAGCCAUAGAACUGGUUAGUAUCUCAGUAGUUUCAUGAAACGUUUCCUGUAUUCUAAUCUAUUUUGAGAAAUUUUGUGGGUUUUUUUUAAUUGUGUCUUACAGUUCAAGUUUGUAGAUUUUAAUAAGCAACAAUUUUUAAAGAUGCGGUAAUCUUCCAGUUAAUAUUUAUCUGUCUUUCAUGGACCCACACACUGCAUCUGCAUCUUUAAAUCCAUAAAUAAGUUUCCUUAAGUAUCAUACUUUCCUGGUCUUUCAAGCGUAAUGAUAAGGGGGAAGCACAAGAAAAAUUUCAGUAGAAUACAGUUUUUAUUUUGUAAACACUAAUGUAUUAAAUUUGCUAUACAUUGAAGCAAAUAAUAUAUAUUUUUAUUUGAAUUGUAUAUAUGAAUUGGAUGUUAUAACUAGUUGAUUUUUUUCAUUGUGUUAGAGGUAUUUUCACUGAACAAGGUCAAUUGGUUACCUCAGUAUUACAGCCAAUAUAGUCCAAGGGACCAUUUCUCCCCAAGUCUGUGUUGUACUUUAUUAUGUGAAGUCUGCGUUUCUGUGACUCUUAAAUCUGUUGGUGAGGUGGGACGAGUGCACUUGCUUCCUGUGGCAAUAAAGAUUUUCUGUGCCUCACACA